UUCCUCUGGAUCACAUAUUGCAGUAGCCCGCUAAGAAAGUGACCACAGCCAAAACCUAUCCGGCACUACGACCAGACCACUCGCUGUUUCCGUGACUCGUUCAAAACGUGAAACCAAGACCAGCCCGGUCGAAGAGCGGAAAACAGCCCCUGAUCGAGGCAGAGCACUCGGAAAGCCAUCGCUGUGCUAUAGGCUGGUUUUUGGGGCACUCCUUUGCGCACGGCGGAUCUAUGAAGCAGGCAGGAUUUCUAUUUUCAACACCAGACAGAGGGAACAGGGAGUAAUUCCCCCUGGCCUGCAGCCCCAAUGCCGGGCAUCAGCUCCACCGCACCUCGUUAUGAAAACUGGGACAUGGACCACCUCGACCAUUACCAACAUUAUUUCUACGACGACCACGACCCGGACGAGGAUUUCUUCAAGUCCACGGCGCCCAGUGAGGACAUAUGGAAGAAAUUCGAGCUGGUACCGACCCCGCCCAUGUCCCCUAUCCGGACGGUGGAAGGGUCGGGCAGGGUCGGGUUGGUGUACCCGUCUCUGGGGGACAAACUGGAGUGGGUCUCCCAGUUCUUGGGCCAGGACGAGGAGCAGCAGGACCUGCCCUGUAAACUGACCACGGCGAAUGACUCCUUCGGGAACCUGAGCUCCAUCAUUAUUCAGGACUGCAUGUGGAGCGGCUUCUCCGCCGGGCAGCAGCUGGAGAGAGUAAUAGGGGAGCGAUGCGCCUCUUGUCCCGGGCCGGGGGCCGCAGCCAAGGUCCCUGUGGGGUCUACGGCCGCGUCCCCGGGGAAGGCGCAGUGCGUGCCGGCUGACGCGCCGCCCCUCAGCGGCCUGGCGGCAGACUGCGUGGACCCGGCUGCGGUGCUCACUUUCCCGUUAACCGGUGGCUGCAAGAAACAAGUUUCAUCCGGUUCAGAGUCCCACACCGACUCAUCAGAUGAUGAAGAUGACGAGGAUGAGGAUGAAGAGGAGAUUGAUGUCGUGACGGUGGAGCACAAGCAGCGCAAACCUCGUCGAGUGGUCAACGCCCGCAAACCAGUGACCAUAACAGUGCGAGCUGACCCCCUUGACCCAGGCAUGAAGCGAUUUCACAUCUCCAUCCAUCAGCAGCAGCACAACUACGCAGCACCCUCCCCGGACACUCUCCCCCCUCCUGAGCCGCCCCGCAAGAGGCUGCGUCAGGAGGCCUCCACCCAGUCACCCCGACCGCAGAACUCUCAGCCCCACCAGCCACGGCCCGGCCACACCCCCCUGAACUUUGAGAGCGGAAAACCUCGUGUGGCUGUGGCCGGAGUCGGGUCGGAGUCACCCAACCCCAGCGCCUCCUCUCCUACCUCCUCCACAUCACCUUCAUCCCCACCUUCCUCCUCCUCCCAUCCCCAGGGCUCUCCCUCAAAGCCACACCCCCUCUCCCACCUCUCCAGCCCCCAGUCAUCCGACUGCGAGGACACGGACAAACGCAAGGCGCACAACUUCCUGGAACGCAAGAGGCGCAACGACCUGCGCUCGCGCUUCCUGUCGCUGCGGGACGAGAUCCCGGGCCUGGCAGAGUGUCCCAAGACACCCAAGGUGGCGAUCCUGACGCGAGCCACGCAGUACCUGCAGCAGCUGCACGCCAGCGAGAAGCAGAAGGCGCAGGAGAGGAGGCAGCUGAAAGCCAGGCAGCUGCAGCUGCUGCGCAGGCUGGCACAGCUGAAGCGCUCCUGAGCACGAGGACUGGCAAUCACCACCCACAGAAACACACACACACUUUCAGAACUGAAUGGGGCAACAUGAAGGAGAAAAGACACUCAUGCUCACUCUUCUUGAGUGGGUCACGUUGGAAUGGUGCGGGUGGAUUGUGUUCCUUUUUUUUUGUUGUUGUGUUCUUUUCCCACUUUUUAUUUUUGUGGUUUGCACACUAGCUUCUGAGUGAUUGACAAAGCAGCCAGCCAGUCAGGACAGCAAGCUAGGGACUGAUUUCAAGGGGCAUCCUAGGGACAGAUUAAUAUGUCCAUGGUUAUUGUUGUGGUCAAGUAUCCCCUUGGUAAAAUCAUUCAAAAUAUUGCUUCCUCCUGGAAGACAUGGUGCAGGUUUAUGAGCUUGCUAGUAGGUAAACUGUUACAACUGUGCUGUUAGAUUGUUGCAUGGGCUUGUCAGAGAUGUCCCUGAUCUUGUUUGGGCUGAAUAUGCUUGUAGAACUGUUGGCUCUCUUGGCGUGACUUCCCUUUCUUGGUAGAUUGCAGGGAUCUUUGAAUCUUUCCUACUAACUUCCUCUUGAUUUUCCACGUUAGUUUCCCUUGACCUUCGGUCGCCACCUCAGUUUCUGUUUUAUCCUUUGCUGCUGAGCUCUCGACAUGCAGCUUAGUCAUUUUUGCUGUCAGCUUGAGCCCUUCUCUGCUCAGUCUUUGUCCUUUUUUUUUUUUUUUUUUCAGCUCAGUUGAGUUUAGUGUCCCAUCUCUUGUCCCCUCUGUUUCCUCCUCGUGCAUUCUCUUAUUUCCACUUCUUGUUACUGCUGCUUUGUAAGCAAAUGAAGUUUCAGGCAUUGUGCCUCCAUUAUACAGCUGGUUAAAGUUUAGCUUUGUUCAGGAGGACAGGCUCUGUUGCUUUGCUUUCUGACCCCCGCUGAGACCUCAGGCUUGACCAGGCGGCCGGAUUCUUUCCAGUGCCAUCCGAUCCUAUGUCUGGUGUGCUGGGCUCAUGCUUGCAGGGGGCCACUGUGGGAAUAUUUUGAGCCAUAGAGCAAGUAACGUACUGACUGGAGGGAUAUUUUUCGCUCUUCUGCGAAAACCUCAGAUUCUUCAUGUCCCCAUCGUAACCUUUGCAUCUGUAGGCUCCACUGAUAACAUCAGUGUCACUUCACUUCUUGCAUGACAGCCUGUGUAGACGAAAGCACCAUGCCCAUGAUAACAGCCUGUUUUGUAGCCUUAUUUACUUGGGAGGAAGUGAAGAGCUAUAUUAGCAUGCCAUGCAGGCAGCAUUUGAGAUUCUGAUUAGAUGCACGCAUAAAGAAAUUAGAAUCCUAAACAUUUUCCCAUUCUCAAACCACAACUGCAAAAUGUUUUUUUUUUUUUUUUUUUCAAGAACAUAUUUACCAGAUUCCACCAUGUCUGUUUAUUAUUAAUGUGCCAUUGAGACCAGCCAAAAGUUGAAUGUCGGAUUCAGUUGAUCAACCAAAAGAAACUACCAAGUGGCUAAUUUAAUUUAAUUUAGUCUGUAUGUGUCAGCAACAUCAACAAUGCCAACUUUUGCUUGGAAGUGAAGCCCACUGACUUCAAACUGUACAUUUCUUUCAUCUUGCUGUCUAAUAUCAUUUGUAAAUUAACAGUUUUUUUUGUUUUUUUUUUUUUUUUUUGGUUAAUGCCUAGAGAAGCCUUCUAAUGUAUGUAGACUAUCCUGUUGGAUGUUUUGUAUAUAGGAUCCUUACUGUACAGUCCCUUCUAAACCAAAACCAGAGCUGUCUACUAUACUCUUCCUAGUUUUUGUUCUGCCCUGUGUCCUAAACCAGGGCCAAGCUUGCUGACUUUUCAAAGAUAACUCAAAGCUUCUAUUUUUGUUAAUAAAAUGAUUAUGAAAAAAAUAAAACACUUAUUAAAUAUUGAUGAUCACACUAGCCACUUUGUGACACCAUUUUUUUGUUUUGUUUUGUUUUUUUUGUUUGAUGCCUAUUUGUUUUCUUUACCGUUUUAUAAUUUUACUGUCUGGGUUUGAUUUGUACAUGUCAGGUGACAAAAGUUUUGUACUAUAUUUUCCUACAGAGUUGUGUUUCAGCGUGAGCUAAUGACUGUUUUGUUAUUGUAGCUGAUUGAGAUGUAUGGUGGUUUUGUGCUGAAAAUUGGCAUGUACUGUCUCUUUCUUUCUACAUCACAUCCAUUUGGAGGUGAAAGCACCCAUAUAUGCCCCCCAUAUUCAGCCCAGUCGUAGCUGUAGUGCCGUCUCCAAUCCGGUAGCAGAAGGGGGGGUGGGGGGAUUUAAGAGGAUCUACUGGUUAAACCUCUGGCUGUGCGUAGCCUUUGGUGACCUCAGUGUUACAGCUCUCUUUGUGCUUUUUUUCCCACAAGCCUGGUGCUCCUUCUUGUCCAUAAGCCAUACAUCAGAUAGCACUGUAGCCUUGAAACUAGUACUGUAAAUGACACGAUCAUGCUGAGUAGCAGGCCCCACAUUUACCAGGGCACUCAGGAACUCCCAAAUAGUCUGUAGCUCUUAUUUACGGUAGGGCCAUAGGCUGAGCUUUGAGGAAAAUACCCCCCUUGCUACAAUAUAUAAUCCCUAAAGCCUGGAUUACUCUCCUUGCCUCCCACUGGGUAAAGAAAAAGACAGAGGUGGGGAGGUUUGGUUAUGGAAACGGAUCAGAGGAGGCAUGCUGUACUUGCCUCUGCCAUCUCCGUUGAGCAAAAACUGGUCCAGGACAUCAUUACCUCUUCCUCUCCUCCUUUUUCAGUGAACUUUCUCAGCAAAGCAGUUCUGCACAAACCACCAUAGGUCUCGAUCACUCUUUUUUUCUUUCUCGCGGCGGGGGGUUAGGGCCUCAGGAGUGGUUUAGUCCACAGUUUUGUUUGUGUUUGAUUUGAUUUGAUUUUAUUUUUGGUCACUGGUCUCUGCUGUUGGCAUGGUCAUGGUAGCAGUGGACGUUGUUUACUUUGGGAGUUAGACUAUGGUGACAAUGGAGCCUUGUCUCAGCACUUUGUUUUUUCUGUACCUCAUAAGCCUCUAUGUAUGGGAGAAUAAGUAAGAAAAUUAAUAAAUUCAAUGUUAGACAUGAAA